AUGGACUCAGCAGCAUGGGCGGUCCCGAACCAUUCGGUGCACGCAGCUACCGAGGAUGACUUCCAGCAAUUCCUCGACAUGAACACCAUGGCGAACCUGGCCGAGGGCAUGAACUACACCUUCCAGGAUUUCCAGUCCUCCUCUGGUACCCAUACCCAGUUGAUGCAAUCGCAUCCUCGGGAGCAGCUGGAUAUUCCUAUGAGUGGCACCGAUGCGCCAAUGCUUCUUGCGCCAGCCGUUUCCACCAUGCAGCAUCAGAUGCCAGCCCUGACAAGCACCGCGCCUUACCACCAAACCAUACCUUCGACUAUGAUGCCGCCUCCCACUCCGAGCGAAGCCAUUGUCGACAGCAUCGAUGCCCAGAUCCAGUUUCUCCAGCAGCAAAAGCUGCAGCAUCAGCAGAGGCAGAUGGAAGAACAGCAGGCUGCUUUCUUUGCCCGCCAACAGAGCCGCAUGGUCCCCCCGACCCCUCAGAGCUUGGAGAUCCAGCCCGGGAACAACCACUACUAUAACCAACCCGGCGCUGCCGACCAGCAGCAGCAGCAACAGCAGCAGCAGCAGGCAAUCGACUAUCGAUAUCCGAGGCUAAAGGAUCAGUCUGAUAUGUCGUUUACGCCAUUGGUGUCACCGGCUGUUACACCCUUGGACACUCAUUUCUCGGUCGAUUCCCAGUUUGCUGUGCCAGGCGCUUACUUCAGCCCUCUGACUUCACCCGCCCUGCAUGCGCAGAAUGACCCCCUCGCCGUCUUUGAGCAGCGCCACGGUCCUGUAACCACAAGCUCGCCUGUGGAUAUGGACUUAGACUCAACCGUAACCGCAAAUGCAGGUCAAAUCUCGACGACAACGACGGGGGAUCUAGCCAAGAAGAUGCGCAAGACUGCCGCCAAAGGACGGUCCAAAUCGUCCAGCAUUAAGCAAUCGCCAAUCGCGAAGCCGUUACGAAGGAAGACUGCGACAACACCGAACCUAAAUGCCCAGGUACUGAGCGGUCUGAUUGAGAACGCCGAACAGGGUCAGGAUGGCGGCCAGCAGCUACCCACGCCCAUGAUGCAGGCGUCAUCCUCUUCCACGACAGUAGCCACCGAUUCAGAAGAUGGUUCAGUAUCUCCUGAGGCCCUGAACGACGUUGUCGCUCCUGUUGAGAUGCCCCCACCUCCUAUUCCCAAGCCACGCUCAGCAAGACCUUCUCCUUACAUCGCCCCCCAGGGCAGCGGGGCGGCCAGUAGUAUUCAGCCUCCCAGGCCAGGAAUGGCGUCUCCCGCUACACCCGCGUCAUUAAUGAAGCUAAGCUCUCCUAGCGCCCGCAGCGCGGGCCCGGGCGCCACAGCUGGUAGCCAGGAGGCACUUGACACCGAACACAUUGAGGUGUUUGAACUGCCCGAGUCAGCAAACUUCUCUCAACCGAAUGCUCCGUCCACCAGCUGUCCCACGCCAACGCAGUCAUCUCAGGACGGUGGCCCUUCCAAGACACCAGGUCUCGCACCGCUCCCUUCACCUUCGCUCACCAAGCCGCCAACGGCCCCGUCUGCAACGCAAAGUCCGCAGCUUUUGGCUGGAACCGGGCUGGGCACAAGAAAGACCCCACAGCUACUUCCCAGAGGGAGUAAGAAACGAGGAAGUGUCAGCUCGAUCCCGGUAUCUCCGGCCCUAAGACCCAAAAUAUCGCCCAGCAUCAAGCCCCUGCUGCCCGGCGGGCCUGACGUCGAAGAGGCAGCGUCACAUCUCCUGGCGACAAAAUCCAACUACCAGCGCAUUCUCGAGGGCAACACAGUCCCUGGGGUUUCGUAUCCGAGCGAGCUCUCGACCAAUCUGACAUCGAAACGAACGUCGCACAAGAUUGCCGAGCAGGGCCGUCGAAACCGCAUCAACUCGGCUCUGCAAGAGAUUGCGACGCUGCUUCCACGGCCGCCCAAGGACAGCGAGGGCGAAGGCAGCGAUAAUAAGAAAGAAAAAGCUGGGAGUGUGCCCAACAGCAAGGCGAGCACCGUCGAAAUGGCCAUCGAAUACAUCAAGCAGCUGCAGCAGGAGGUUGCGGCCGCCAAUAAGCGCGCCGAGGAGGCCGAGAAAAAGCUCGAGCAGAAGAAGGCGGCGGCCGCCGCAGCUGAGUGA